CCAGCGCCGCCCUAGAGAGGAGUUAGGUAGAAUGGAGAGUGAGGUCAGUGCAGAGCUUUACAAGAUGUGGUUAGGCACCUAUGCAGUCCCACAGGCGGGUCAUUAUUGGGACUAUACUGAUGACUCCUGGAAUCCCAAUGGGGAAAUGUGCUCUGAUGCUGCCCCCUGCCGUAGGCUCCUGGACAUGAGCGAUGAAGUCCUGCUAAUGGUGCUGGAGUUGUUGGAUCCUUUUUCCCUGCUUAAACUUGGAGGAGCCUGUAGAACAUUGUAUAGGAUCAGCAACACGGACAGCCUGUGGGCCCAACAUUGUAGGCUUGUCUUUGGCUCUGGUUUUAGAAAUGGUUGCACUGACUACACCCCAAAGGAAGCAUUUAAGCUGUUGUACAUGUGGGGAAAGUUGUACAAGACCCUGCCUUGCAACAGACAAUUGCAGGACUUGCUGUUUUCAGGGUUACCCCUAAAAAGAUACUGGAUACAGUGGCUCACUUUAGAAGAAAUGGUUCCUCUUCCUCCUGUCCAGCUAACUGAUCAGGCUAUUGAUGAUAUAUGGGGGAUUAAUAAAGACCAACUGGAUGAAAAACAUAAAGUUACAGAUGAAUCCUUAGAAGAUGUAGACAACUGCCUGUAUAGAUAUGACUGGAAGGAACUACAUAAUAUGGCAAUAAAGUACCAUGGGGAUUUUACAAAGGUUCAAUCUCAUGUUCUUCAAAAAAUGAGCACGGAAUGUCAUGAGGAUCUGGAGUGGCUAUAUUGCCAGUUUAUGCGCUAUCGUUUCCAAUGGCUCUUUUCUUAUUGGCUCUUUGGCCUUUCCAAGUCCUGUGCCAGGCAGCUGCAGAGAAUCUUUUUAUGGUGGAAACGGUUUGACAAAAGAAAAGUGUCUUGUUGGGGUUCUUCAGCCUGUGAUGUUGAGUACUUGGCUUCUCUUCAUGCGAUCACAGAUGACUACUGGAAUGGAAAGCUGGCAUGUGGAGAUGAGAAUAUAGGUAUUCAGACAGUAGAAAACUACUUUUCUAUGUGCCGAUCUCUACUGGCCUGGAUCCUAGGCCGAAAGUGGGGAAGAUUUAAACAGAAGAAGGUCUACCAAGACACGUUAGAUGGUGUGCACAGAAUGCUAAAGGCAGAAAUGCAGGUUUCUGUUGUUAAUCAUGAGCAGUUCUGGGCAGCAGCUAAAGUCCAGAUGAUGAGAAUAUGCACCCUGGAAGAGACAGCUGGCAACUAUGUUAACUGGAAAUUGAUUGACUCCUUGCCAUGUUACAGGCUAUACAUGACGUUUGGCGAUUCCUUCUAUCUGGAACAUAUUAAAGGAUUUUUAACUAGAAAGCAACUUAUAAGUAACUGGCUUCUUCAAGAAGAGAACUUUUGGGUUAGGAACCUUCUACCAGAAAGCUUGUUUUACCUACUGGAGUAUGACACCAAGAUCUAUGAAGAGAGACUUCAUGGUGAUACUAUGGCUGCACACCUUACCAGGCUUAUCUGGCUGUAUCUGCAUUCCGGCCAUCAGCUAUACAUUGAUGCAAUGAAAGGAUUUGUCUACGAAUGUGCUUAUGCCAGUUUUGCAUCCCAAAUCUAUGAGACUGGAACUAUAAUCUCUUCCUUUUUAUACUUUUAACAAGACUUUUUUUUUAUAGACUUUUAAAACAUUUUUUUACUUAAAUUCAUGCACUCUUCUGCAGUUUUUAGCUUUGCUCCUCGUGAGUUUCUUAAAGAUGCACUACAGUAACUCUUUGGAGCAUUGUGGACUGCUAACCAUUAUCCUAAUAUUUAGGGCAUUUAUUGUAUCUGAAAUUGAUUCACAGAACAUGUAACAGAGGUGAUUCAUUAGGAUUAGUGUUCUUUUGAUUUUUUUUAAAAUGGCUCUCCACUUUUAGAUUAGUUGCUAGGUGUUGUAGAUUAGUUGGAAGGUUUCAUCUUGAACAUGGCCUUCCAUAUUACCUUAGUAUUGAGUUCAUGCAGCAGAAGCACUUCUCCAGGUUUUCUACCAUUAAAUCUGUUUGAGUAGAAAUAACUUUUUUUUUUUUUUUUUUAAUAUCUACCUGUGAAUCAUCCAAAAGUGAAUUUGUAUUUUAGCAAUAUUUUAUCUAGCUGUUCAUGAACUGCUUUAUUGCAGUAAUAUUUGAAUGUGCUAAGCAUGCUAACUUGUAAAUGAGUUUAAGGCAAUAAAUGCCUGUUUCUGCAA